CCCUGCUUCACCCUAACGUCCCUGUCCGCCUAACUUGAGAAAGGAAAGAGGUAUCCACACUUGCAGUACGCUGGUCUCAAUGCAUUUAUUGGCGUGUGCAGAAUGGCAAUGGUCAUCUCACCCAGAUUCAACGUUCUUCCUGGCAGACUUUUGUGUGUUGUCGGAGCCAUCGAUCGCACUGAACUGGCACUAGGACGACAGAGCAAGCUCGUGAAGCAUUGAUACUUCUGCCGAUAUAUGUUAACGCCGAUUCCCAAUGGAACCAGAUGAAUCGCAAGAAAUCGCUGUGCCGGAUGCUUACCUGGACACAGUCGAGAUCCACGGCAGGCUGUUCCAGAAACACGCACUGCAGCACAAGAUAUAUUUCGCCCCGGUUGAUGAGGAAGAAGCACAGCGCCUCCAGCUUUUCCAUCACGUAUUCCACAUCCUCUUCGAUAAGAGGCUGAUAUUCCCUGGACCGAUACCUAGCCCGCGACGCAUCCUCGACUGCGGGUUUGGCUCAGCAACAUGGGCGAUAGAAGUUGCGGACUCCCACCCAAGGUGUGAGGUUAUCGGAGUAGACAUCGCAUCCCAAAUGAGCCCUCCGGACCUACCUCCGAACCUAUACCUAGAGGUUGACGAUCUGAACCAGAGGCUUAACUUCGAUCCCUCUUACUUCGACAUAGUUCACAGCCGUUGCGUAGCCGGCGGGAUUGACGCCGACAGGUGGGGUGACUACACGAAAGAGUUGAAUCGUGUCCUAAUUCCGGGAGGAUGGUGCCAGAUGGUCGAGGUCUAUUUCAACGCGCAGUCGAACAACGGCACGCUGACGGACGGUCAUGGCCUUCGGCGCUGGUCUCAGCUGUACCUGCAGAGCAUCCAACCCGAAAAGAACGGCAGGGUGGGCCUCAGGCUGGAGGAGCUCAUGAGGAGCGCAGGGUUCGAAAACGUCGAAGCACGAAUGAUGCAAUUGCCCCUGUGCGCCUGGCCGGAAGAUGCACGGGAGAAAGAGGUCGGGGCCGCGAAUCGUGAGAACAUGUCUCACCUCCUCAGCUCCCUGGCCAUCUACCCGUUUACUGAGAGACUGGGAAUGUCCAUCAACGAGGUGCAGGUCCUCUUGGCCCAGGCCCGCAGAGACGCUCAGGACCCGAGCUUAAAGGCAUACUUCCCGGUAUACGUAUGCAUUGGCCAGAAGAAAAGAUAGCAGCUGAGACGACCAAGGGCAUCGACCGCCCACUCAGGUGUCCACUUUGGCAGUCGGACAAUUGUUGAUUGGGGUAAACCCACCAUUGAUGCUUCCUGACCAGCUCGGGACAUGGGCGGCAUGUGCGUGGAUAAUCGAAUGGUACAAGGUGGAUCUGAAGCACGGUGAGACUUCAAAGUGUUCCCCACCCUUUUGGAGUGGGAGCAUUGCCUUGGAUCAGAGAGCCACGGCUGGAGAAAGUGCCUCUCACUCUGAGACAGCAGUACUAGUAGUUGCUCUGCGCAAGGAAGGGACCAACAGCGUCCUCCUGCCCUAUUACCCGCUUACCUGAAACCAGCAUUGCAGUUGUUG